AUGCAGAACGUUCGGCGCGUAUCCGCUGCAUUCGUGCUCCUUGCAGCAUCCGCCGUCCCUCCUCUUCCCCUCCUUUCCCUCCCCUCAACCUUCCUUUUUCAACCCAAUUGUCUUCCUUUCCCUCUUCCCUUUUUCCCCCACAACCCCCCUUCUCUCCCCUCCUCCCCACGUGCGCGCGCAGGGGGAGCGCAGCGCGCGUUUAUGCGGGAGCUGCGCGCGGUGGUGGAGGCGGCGGACGUGGUGCUGCUCGUGCUCGACGCGCGCGACCCGCUGGGCGGCCGCUGCCGCCAGCUGGAGGACAUGGUGGCGCGCAGCGGCGCACACAAGCGCAUCGUCCUUCUCCUUAACAAGAUCGACUUAGUACCGCGGGACGUGGUGCAGCGCUGGCUGGCGUAUUUCCGCCGCGAGCUCCCCGCGGUGGCCUUCAAGGCCUCCACGCAGGCGCAGCGCACCCACCUCGCGCGCGCCUCCCGCCCCUCCCGCGCCGACCCCAACAAGGCCGCUGCGCCGCAGCCGCUGCUGCCGCGGGGGGAGGGCGAGGGGGAGGAGGCGGGCGGCGCGGCGGGCGCGGAGGGCAGCGAGUGCUUCGGCGCGGACACGCUGAUUCAGCUGCUCAAGAACUACUGCCGCAACAAAGACAUCAAGACGGCCAUCAGGGUGGGCGUGGUGGGCCUCCCCAACGUGGGCAAGAGCAGUGUCAUCAACUCGUUGAAGCGCGCGCGCGUGGCCAAGGCGGGCGCCACCGCGGGAGUGACCCGCGCGCUGCAGGAGGUGCAGCUCGACAAACUC